AUGGUUUACUUUGACUCCUGGGAUGAAUUUGCAGCGGCUGUUGAACAGCUAUGCAUCGCUGAACCUAAUAAGGUAAGAAUAAUUUAAUUCUGGCAAGUUUUUCGAAGCCAGCGUUUAUUUAUAUUUCACUGCACGUGUUUAAUUUUUUUACGAAGAUACUUCAAGAUGACUUGUUGUUAAGUGAUCUUUUCUUUAUUUCAGUUUCGUUUUGUUAUAAAGUAUCGUCAUUGCGAUGGAAAACUUGUGCUCAAAGGAACUGACGACCAAGUUGUGAGUAUUUAUUUCUUUGCUACAAAAGUGUGUCACACAGUCCAAAACACGGAACACCGAACUCAUUAUUGAAAGUAAAAAUUAAUACUGGUUUUCAGCCCAGUUGUUAGGUUUACUUAUUUUAUAUAUCUGUCUAUGUAGCAAGCAGGUCACUCGCUCAGUACUUAGCAUUUAAGGCCGCACUUAAAAAAUUGUGAAAGUUUUGAAUGCAAAGUACUGAAGUGUAAAAAAAAUUUGAAAUGGCAUUUUAACAGUGCAACUUCUGCUAGACACAGGUGACCAAUCAGUUUACAGGAAAAUAACCGUAUAUACCGAGAAAGUUACAUGUCAAUCAUAAUUACUUGGAAAUAAAGUAAACAACAAGGAUCGAAUUUAGCUAGAUUAAGAAUACCUGUCCACUUACAUUGAACCAAGAAAAUCUGCCACCACAGUCCCACAGUAGUCUAUAAUUUGUUUACUUAUUUCAAUAAACAAAGCAAUGAAGUGAAACAAGCACACUAUACGUAUGUACAUCUCAUGUAUACCUCAUGUCUUUAAUCUACAAAUCCCAACCACCGCGGUUUGAAAUAAAGCUGCAACCUUUGUACUAAACUUAUUGGGCCAAAUAUUAAAACAUAAUUUAGUCAGUGUUUAACAAAACAUCACUAGCUCUUAAAACAUCUAACUCAUUUUCAAUUUGCCCAACGAUUUUAUCUAAACAUCAUUUAUUGUGAACAGUUUUAUGAAAGCACAUAGAGAAGACUAGAAAAGCAGUAAUCUUCUUAAAACAACCCACCCAAGAAGUGAUCUGGAGGUUCAAAGAUUCGUUAAACCGUGGUUUAAGUUAAACUUCAUUUAAAUAUUUGGCCCAUUAACUGGCAAUUUUGAGACUGCAGUUUAACUUCUUGUUCUUAACAUUCUUGUUCAUUGACUACGGGACUACAGACCAAGGUAACAGUCCAUUUAACUGCUUGUCUUUAACAUUCUUGUUCGUCAUUUUCAUGUAACUGCUUGUUUUUAACAUUCUUAUUCAACGACUUCGGGACCACAGUGUCAAGGUAGUAGUUCUGCUUCUAAGACUUAGUGGUCAGGUAUUCCAUAAUUGCCCCCUUCUUUCUAUUUUGCAAAACACAUUUACUUAACAAUCUGGGACAACAGUCUCCCUCUUCCCCAGACAAUAUCGUUUUUGGGCCAUGGCAUCAAUUAAAGGAAAUUACUUGUGAAUGUUUAAAUACAAGACUUGCCGAGAUGGAGAAAAAGGUGAAUAAAAACAAGUGAAAAAGACACCAUACACGUUUCCAGGGCUAAGUACCUCUAGUAUUCUAUCACCAAUCGUAUGGAAAGGAGCGUUAAUACUUAGCCCCAAUAAGCACACACAAAAUAAUUCUCAAGACUGAUCUUCAUACAUUUCAGAAAGAAUUAGCUGAGACAAUUUGAUGAAUGACCAAAGCAUUUCCCCUUUGGUGACUGUUGUAUAAAUUCUCUUAACCUUUUUGCCUGAUUAAGUAUUGUUGAUGUAAGGAGAAGAUAGAUGUUGGGCACCCUUGGAACUGAAGGGUUAAGUAAAAGUAUGCUCUUUUUCUCCUUAGCCAGGGGCAUCGCCAUCUUUUCAACUAGUUGUAGGCCUGGCUGACUUUCAUUUCCACAUAUCCUGAAAAUUGCACCCAUGACUAGUACGCACUGACCUCACCAACACCAAGGCUGUGCUCUAAGGAAAUUGAAGGGUGCCCAGUCCCCUGAAACUGUAAAAUCUAGGAUGCCUAACAUAUGAUUUGUAUGAAAAAACUAAAAUUUUCUAGUCGCCCGUGAGCACUUCAGUCACUGAUCAAACCAAAAAUUUGUAGGUGUAAGGGCUGGCUACGCCCCUGUUGCACUUGUAACACAGGGGUUUCAAUAAAAAUUGAAGUAGCCAGCGGUUUGGAUAGAGUAACCGGCUGUAUCAACAAGGGGCCGUUUGUCCCUUUUUCUAUGGAAGGAGGGGAGGAGAGUCAAAGCGCAUUCCAGCCCAGAAAAUUUUGAAAUUUCAAAGCCCUAAAAAUGUGAUUUUCAGUGUUCUGGGGACUAAAUUUGAGAACAAAAGAGCGUGUUUCGUCAGCCGUCGGUGCUUAUUGAAACCCGUGGUAACACAUAUCACUUUAUCCAUAAUAAUUAUUAUUUUCUCUUACUCUUUCAGUGUUUGAAAUAUAGGACAGAACAUCAACAGGACAUCAAGAAACUAGAGAAAUUAAACAGUGUUUUAAUGAGGCAUGCGGUUGCCAAAUAACAGUAAAAGUUCCUGUUUAUUUAUAUCAACAACAAUAACAGAGCAAAGAAUGUUUUACCGAGAUAUGACGGAAAGGAUCCCAGUGCAAGUCAGAUCAGUAAAAAAUGUGAAAAGAAAAACAAUGUAUUUUUGUUCACAAAUGACUGUGUAAUAAUGAUACCUUCCAUC